AUGACAGGGAAUCCCUGGGGAUACGGAGGCGAGAACGGUCCGUCCGAGUGGCAUAAAGACUUCCCCAUCGCCAAGGGGGACCGGCAGUCACCCAUCGACAUCGUCCCCCACGAGGCGUCAUACGACGCCAGCCUCCCCCCGUUUCUCCUCUGCUACGACCACUGCACCUCCAUCAGCAUCUCCAACAACGGCCACUCCGUGGUGGUGGAGUUUGACGACUCGGAUGACAGAUCAGUGAUCAGGGGCGGCCCUCUUAAGCAGGCCUACAGGCUGAAGCAGAUCCACUUCCACUGGGGCGGGAAGAGCUGCCACGGCUCUGAGCACACUGUCGCGGGGAAGUGCUACGCCUCUGAGCUUCAUCUGGUACACUGGAAUGCUGCCCAAUACAAGACGUUGGGGGAGGCGGCCACGGCUCCUGACGGUCUUGCUGUUCUCGGCAUCUUUUUAGAGACCGGAAACGACCACAGGUGGCUCCACAGCAUCACGGAUGCUCUGCACAGGGUGAAGUUCAAGGGAAGUGCUGUUGAUUUCAAAGGUUUCAACCCCAAGUGCCUCCUACCCAGCUGCCUCCACUACUGGACCUACCCCGGAUCGCUGACGACACCCCCGCUCCACGAGAGCGUCAUCUGGAUUGUCCUGAAGGAGCCGAUUAUGGUGUCUGAGAAACAGAUGGGCAAGUUCAGGACGCUUCUGUUCAGUGGAGAGGAGGAGGGUCAGAGGGCACACAUGGAGAACAACUUCAGGCCCCCGCAGCCCCUGAAAGGCAGGAAAGUGCAGGCCUCCUUCAACUAUCAACAAGUGGCCUGGUCCCAUGCCUGUCCGACACAAGGAGUCCAUCACACACCAAUAUAA